AAGCCUCCUCGGUUUUGUAUUGAAGUCAAUAUACCCAGAGGAGGAAGGAAACCAGUUGUCCCCUGGUGCCGCACCAGAGCGCUCUUGAAGCUAUUAUAUACCUUCAUUGCAAAACUGUGUGUUUUAAUCAAUUAAUUGGUGAUGUAAUAUAUUUCGUAUAGUUUUAGGGAUGCUUGAGAGGGUAAGAACUGUCGAGGAAGAAGUAUAUUCAGUUCAGUUGUGAACAUUUAAGAACACAGUACUAUGCUUUUUUGAAUAUAUUCACUGAUGGAUCUAAGGACCCUUAAAUAGCGAGGACAGGUGCAGCUUUUAGCGUUUCUUAGUUUAAGGUGGCAAUGACAAAAAGAGCAACGGAUAAUUUAUCGGUUUACACAAGGGUGUUGCUGGCCAUACUCUUGACUGAAGAGUGGGUGGAGGAGGUGAGGCCAGACAGGGUAGUUAUCUGCUCUGACUCUUGUGCAGCACUAAUGACCUUAAAUUAAUGUGUGUCUCAUAGAAAACAGUAUCUAUUGUAUGAGGGUUUUAUAGGGUGAGACAUGGGGGUAUGUGUCUUGUUCUUCUACGCACCAGCUCAUGUGGGAGUGAAGAAAUGAGGGCAAUGAAGAAAUGGAUGUUCUCGCCAAGCAGGAUUUUAAACAUCCUGAUGUUGAGAUGGAAUUGUCAAUCAGUAAAGCAGAAGCCAAGUGGUUAAUAAAAACAGUGUUUAUAAAAUAAGGGCAAGAGUUGUGGGAAAGGGAAGACACCUGUAUAAGACUCAGGAAAGGUGGUGGGCAGGGAGGUCCUCAGGUUGAGAUAGAAGGGGCAAAAGUAUAAUUACAAGGCUGAGACUGGGUCACAAGACUCCAUAGUACAUUGGAAUUGGUAGGAAAACAUCAUACUGGGAGGUGUGAUCAUUUUCAAGAGGAGAUGGAGACAGUGGAACAUGUUAUAUUUCAGUGGCAGCAAUAUGGGAGGGAAAGGGAGAGAAUGUUGUUAUAUUUAAGGUGUAAUGAGGUUGAAGAGCCAAUGUUAAGUGAACUGCUGGGGAACCUUCAGGAGAUGUAGUAUUUAAUUAUGUAUUUUGUUUCCUUAGGGAGACGAGAAUAUUAGGUAGGAUUUAGUCCUUCCCUGUUUCUGGUGCACACUCCAGUCCAGUUGGUGGCGGUAAUGCACCAUAAAGUUGGUUGUCAACUCUCAUAUAAAAUCCACAAGACAGUAAAAACACCCUGGCUCCCUGGUUCAGAGGUAGAUUAGUUACCAGAGGGUUUAUCUAGCUAACUAACUAGAAGCUUGUGAAGCUAGCUGAAUUUGAGGCUACAUAUUUUCCUGUUGCCUGUUAGGUAGCUACUUACCAUUCUGUGGAUACAUAUAACUAGCUAGAUAGCAUAGCUACCUAGCUAGCCUACAUAGAAGUUAGCAGGCUAAUUUAGCAUAGCAAUCCACAUCUAUGUAAUGGCAGCAAACUUGAAAGACAAGGAAGCAUAUCAAAGACUAAACUUUCUAUAUCAGGCUGCACACUGUGUUUUGUCUCAAACCCCUGAGAAUGUGGAAUUGGCUCGUUUUUACUGCUUCACUCAGAAGACCAUUGCAAAACGUUUGGUGCUGAGACAAGACCCCUCAGUGAAAAGAACAUUAUGUAAGAAGUGCUGCUCUUUGCUGGUCCCAGGAGUAACUGCCACAGCCAGACAGAGAAGGAUUAAGUAUAGAAACCGCAUGACAGUGCUGCAGUGUCUCAGCUGUGGACAGAGCAAGAGGUUCCUUAACAAUCCAAAGCAUCGCCUGUGGGUGGACCAGUCUGAAGCCCAGCUGGAGAACCAAUCGCAGCCAGAACAAGGUCACUCCACUAAAGAGUUGCAGAAGGAGAAAGCUGAUACCCGUAUCUCAGAAAUCCUCUACAGGGCCUUCCUCUACCCAGCACCAGGUGUCUCCAUCCAAGCCCUAAACCUGAGCCCUGUGGCCUCGGUAGCCUAGUCACAACUGGACAUAGCCUCUUUGUGUGGUAUUGACACAUAUUUUCAACAAUUUCAUUUUUUAAAUUUUUAUUUGAGCAUAUUUUAUUUUUUUGCUGUGUUUUUUUGCUGGUGACAACCUAUUAGCAUUACAUCAGUGGUAUUUUGGUAAUGGAUUGGUUAAUUGGUUGAGGUUGGUAAAAAUGCAACAAAAAAAAUGUAUGGUUUGAGUUUUGUGUAUACCUCAACUUGUUCACAAUGUACAGUAAGUUCAGGAAUGACAACCAAUGUUAAAUGUUUAAUACACAUGUUUAUUUAAAAUA